CUGUUUUUCCCCCCGGACCCUUUUCAGUGACGGACGGAACAUUGAAGCUGCUAAAAUCCAAACAUCUGCAACGUUCGUGAGAAGCUUCUGAGGAACAUGGAGGAGAAACCGACCCGAGUUUUGGCGUGUGGAGACGUGGGGGGGCAGCUGAACGCAGUGUUCAGUCGCGUGCAGAGCAUCCAGAAGAAGGCGGGACAGUUCGAUCUGCUGUUGUGCGUCGGAGAGUUUUUCGGGACGACACCAGAGGCCGAGGCCGAGUGGCAGCUUUACAAAACCGGAGCCAAGAAAGCUCCGAUCCACACCUACGUCCUGGGAGCAGCGAGUCAGGAGACGGCCAAGAAGUUCCCCGGCGCUGACGGCUGUGAGCUGGCUGAGAACAUCACGUAUCUGGGGCGCCGUGGCGUGUUCACCGGCGUGUCCGGACUGCAGAUCGCCUACGUCAGCGGUCGGGAGGCCCCCCAGGAACCGGCCCCGGCUCACUGCUACACCGCCAAAGACCUGAUGGCUCUCGUGGCUCCGCUGACCAGCAGCUCCAAGUUCAGAGGCGUCGACAUCCUGCUGACGUCACAGUGGCCGCGAGGGGUGUGGCACUACGCUAACAACCCGGAAGUGAACACAAAGUUCUGUGGAAGCAACUCCGUCGCCAACCUCGCAGACAAGCUGAAGCCGCGGUACCACUUUGCUGCACUAGAGGGCGCUCACUACGAGAGACUCCCCUACAGGAAUCACCUCAUUCUCCAGGAGAACGCUCAGCACGUCAGCCGCUUCAUCGCCCUUGCAACCGUCAACAACCCUGCCAAAAAGAAGUAUCUUUACGCCUUCAACAUCGUCCCCAUGAAGAGCAUGGAUCCCACAGAGAUGGUGAAGCAGCCGCAGGACGUGACAGAGAACCCGUACAGACGCCCCCCCAAGGACAAGACGGAGACGUUGAAGACGGGCUUCAGCGUCGCAGAGGAGGAGGAGCCGGCCCCCCAGUUCUUCUUUGACCUGAGCAAGAGCCAGGGGGGGCCUCAUCGGGGCCGCGGCAGGAAGCGACACCUGGACGGAGACGGACGGGGACGGGGACGAGAGCAGCAGCACGAUGGAGACGGACACCAACAGCCACGAAGACACCCUCAGCCCACUGGUCCCUGCUGGUUCUGCUUGGCGAGUCCUCAGGUGGAGAAACAUCUGGUCAUCAGCAUCGGGUCACAUUGUUACUUGGCUCUGGCCAAAGGCGGCCUGACCCCCCACCACGUGCUGAUCCUGCCCAUCGGCCACUACCAGUCUGUGGUGGAGCUGAGCUCUGAGGUGGUGGAGGAGAUGGAGAAGUACAAGUCGGCCCUGACGAGUUUCUACAAGAGCAAAGGAGAGCGCUGCGUCGUGUUCGAGAGGAACUACCGGAGCCAGCACCUGCAGCUGCAGGUGGUCCCGGUGCCGCUGGACCGCUGCACCACCGACGACAUCAAGGAGGCGUUCACGGUCCAGGCUCAGGAGCAGCAGAUGGAGCUGAUGGAGAUUCCUCAACAUACCGAACUCAAACAGAUUGCUCCUCCAGGGACGCCGUACUUCUACGUGGAGUUCGACUCAGGAGAGAAACUCUUCUAUCGCAUCAGGAAAAACUUUCCUCUGCAGUUUGGAAGGGAGGUUCUGGCGAGCGAGGCGCUGCUGAACAUCCCGACCCGAGCCGACUGGAAGGAGUGUAAACAGAGUCGAGAGGAGGAGGAGGCGAGCUGCCAGCGGCUGAGAGACGACUUCAAACCGUACGACUUCGCCUGGGAGGACUAACACACACACACACACACACACACACAUUGACAUGAAAAUGCUGUUUGAACUUCUCAUCGUCCCCCAGAUGUCAAACUGUGUCUUUGAGUUUGUUUUAAACCAGAGUUUCUUUUUUUAAUGAUCAUGUUGGACGGAUGCUGCCGGUGCAGCGACAAAGGAAUUAUGAGUUUUAUUGUAAGAUCACAAAAAUCUGUUUUUUCAGAUGCAACAAAUGACUUAAGAAAACUUAUGUUCAGUCUCUUGUUUAUGGAAGUGAAGAGGAAAUAGAAAAGUUCAGUUAGGGACUAAACACAGAACCUCACUGUUGGAACAGAAUUUGUUUUUAUGUAUUUCUCACUGAACAAGUGAAUCCACCGAGUUUCUCAGUUUCUGAAACUCAGUGAAUAAACUGUCAAAACAGUUCCAACAAUAAAAGUUAAACUUUUCUACGACUUCAGUCUUUUUAACUCUGUCUGGUGAAACUGGUUUUUAAAUGGAUUUCUUGUAUUUUGUAAAUGAGCUUCAAUCAUUAAACUCUUAUUUUGAUA